UGGACUGCAGAGCGAUACACCACCAUCACCAUGUGGCACUGUUUUUAAUCAUCAUCAUCGUCAUGAACACAGUCAACCUUGGCCUCUGAACGCUAUGCUGAAGAAGAGGGAGAAGAAGAAUGGGCAAGGCUCAAAGCAAAGACCCCGCCGACAAGACUACGGGCAUGACGAAGUGGGAAUGUCACCUCGUACUGGACACCUGGCGCACGUUCUGUACCGACAACCAGCAAGCUGGCGUCCUCAUCUUCAGCGCCUUUCUUACGCAGAACCCGCACCUGCUACCACUCUUUCAUCGGUUGCGUGCCAUGCCACUGAAGAUGCUGCCCAGCGAUCCUACCUUCCGGGCCCACGCCUGCAGUGUGGCUUACCAGAUCACGGCCAUGGUGAACAGCGCCGACGAUAGCGUCCUGUUGGAGGCACUGGUCCGAAAGAACGCCCUUGCUCACACCGCCAGGCCGGGCGUGUAUCCGCAGCACUUCGACAUCUUGGCAAGUGUCAUCAUGAAGGUGUUGCAGUCAAAGGAAGAGAAAACACGGCUUACACCCGCCGCUGUCACCGCUUGGAAGAAACUAUUCGAGGUGGUGACCCGCAGCAGGACGAGGAAUGGCAGCAGGCCCUCGCGCGUCAGCGCGCUGCAUCUGCGUGUGUCUGGUGCCUGGUGUCCCUGUCCGCUGCUGCCGUGCUCUGCCUAGUGCUGCUCUCCCUGCGCAAUGACAAAGGACUCUCAGCUGUGCUGUCACGUGCCAUAGACGCAGCACUUGCGCUACGCCUGGGAGGCUACCGCUGACUGUGCGCUCAAGUCAAUGGGCACCUUUCAAUUUUCGUUUUUUCAUUUUUGUCGCUUCCGCGAAAUAUGAGUAGUGAGCUUGUACGCCACUGCACAAAAUAAAAUAAAUUAUGCAGUAUUCCUGUCGCGAAAACAAUAAGGUUAUUUUACAUAUUUCACCAAGAUUACAAGAUUGCGAAAACCUUAAACGCAGGUUGCCAUUUAUUUUUCGAAUGUCGCACAUGUUGAAGGAAAAUUAGCGCUACCCCCACUUUUCAAGUAGCGGCUACGGAUCAGAAAAUGAGCAGCUUCGUGCAGUUUAAAAAAAGUAAAUUUAAGUAAGUUGGUACUUUUUGGUGAA